AUGGCAGCUAAAGAUGUUGCCCCCGCGCCCGAGAUCACCAGCAAGUCGGUGAAAGGCGAAGCUCUCGACUCGGACACCAAGCAUGUCGCCCAGGAUAUCAAACCAUCUGAUGCGGAGGGCAAUCACUCGAAAUCGCCUCCCGGAGAGCUGAAGCGCAAGCUGAAGAGUCGGCAUCUGCAGAUGAUCGCAAUCGGUGGAACUAUCGGAACCGGUCUAUUCAUAUCUAGUGGAACUGCGAUCGCAUACUCCGGCCCCGCAGGCGCUCUCAUUGCCUAUAUCUUUGUCGGCUCAAUCGUCUACUCCGUGAUGACCUCGCUCGGCGAAGUCGCGACCUAUAUUCCCAUCCCUGGCGCCUUCACAUCUUACGCUGCUCGUCUGAUUGAUCCGAGUCUUGGUUUCUCUAUGGGAUGGAUCUACUGGUUCAACUGGGCAUCUACAUUCGCCGUCGAGCUUACUGCUACGGGAACUAUUAUUCAGUACUGGGAUCCAAGUCUGAACAUUGCGAUCUUUAUUGGUGUCUUCUGGGUGUUUAUCACCGCCUUGAACUUCCUUCCUGUGAAUUUCUAUGGAGAACUGGAGUUCUGGUUCUCAUCGAUCAAGGUCGCAACGGUCAUUGGAUUCAUGAUCUUCGCUAUUUGCAUUGAUUGCGGUGUGGGUGCGCAGGGCUAUCUUGGAUUCCGUUAUUGGCAUAACCCCGGUGCCUUUGCGACCCAUCUGAUCGAACAGCCAGUGUCAGUGGGCAAGUUCGUUGGAUUUUGGGCCGUCUUGAUCCAAGCCGGUUUCUCGUAUCAAGGAACUGAACUCGUGGGUGUAGCUGCCGGAGAGACUGAGAACCCGCAAAAGACUGUGCCCUCUGCCAUUCGCAAGACCUUCGUGCGAAUUCUCCUCUUCUUCGUGCUCACCAUCUUCUUCAUUGGCCUGGUUGUUCCCUACACCAAUGACAGACUGACUACUAGCACCACCAACGCAUCCUCCUCGCCUAUGGUCAUUGCUGCCGAUCUGGCCGGUGUCAAGGUUCUGCCGAGCCUGAUUAACGCCGUGUUGCUGACUGUUGUCCUUUCGGCAGCAAAUUCCAAUGUGUACAGCGGCAGCCGAAUUUUGACUGGACUCGCGCACGAGGGCUUUGCCCCCAAGUUCUUCGCCCGUACUACUAAAGGAGGGGUGCCAUACAACAGUGUCAUGUUCACUGCCCUUUUCGGACUUUUGGGCUUCAUGAACGUGUCCAAUGAUGCGGGUCAGGUGUUCAACUGGCUGGUGAACUUGUCCAGUGUGGCUGGAUUUGUGACUUGGUCCUCGAUCAAUGCAUGCCACAUCGCCUUUAUGCGCGCACUGGCCGCUCGUGGCAUCUCUCGCGAUACACUCCCUUACAAGGCUAUUCUCCAACCCUACCUAGCCUGGUAUGGUCUUUUCUUCAACGUUCUCAUCGCCCUCACCCAGGGCUUCACAGCCUUCAUCCCGACAUUCAAUGUCACCGACUUCUUCAUCGCCUACAUCUGCCCUAUUGUCUUCGCGGUUCUUUACCUGGGGCACAAGAUCAUCAUGCGGCCGGCUUUCGUUCGUGCUGCCGAGGCUGAUCUUGAUACUGGACGAAUGGACUAUAAGAAGGAGGCCGGUCCUCCCAAGCCUUGGUAUUGGAGAGUCUGGGGUUGGGUCACGAAGUAA